AUGGACGAGAUAUUUCACGUACCUCAGGCACAGCAGUAUUGUCAUGGUGAUUACUACACCUGGGAUCCAAAACUAACAACACCACCAGGGCUGUAUCUGGCCAGUAAUGGGAUGGCCUGGAUAGGUGGCAUGUUUGGCUAUGAUUUCUGUACUGUAAAUACAUUGCGUUUCACAAAUAUACUGUUCUCAAUUGGAUUGUAUUUCACUCUGAUCUCUCUGGUCAUCACGUUGCAUCCAGCCAUCAAGCAUGACUGGAGAACACACAUGUAUGCACUGACAUUGACAUGGUUCCCUGUUGGCUUCUUCUACAACUUUCUAUACUACACUGAUCCUGGAUCCACAUGGCUAGUCUUGCAGUCUUAUUUACUAGCGAAAAAGAAGAGAUACAGACUUGCCGGUAUUAUCAGUAUGGCUUCACUGACAUUUCGUCAAACCAAUGUCAUCUGGCUGUGCCUUUUUAUGAUGGUAACCAUCAUAGAUAUCCUAAGCCAUGUCAGCAAUAGCAAAAAGAACGAAGAUACCAGCAUUGCAUUGUACAAUCCAGCAUGCGCAUCGAUCCACCAGCCAGCACAAGCAAUGCAGUCUAUUUACAGCCUCGUUGCCAACACGCUGGUGAACAUUAGGAUUGUGCUACCUGCCAUCUGGACCUUUCUAUUGGGCAUGGCCUCAUUUGCUUUAUUUCUGGUUUGGAAUGGCGGCAUCGUCUUGGGCGAUCGCUCAAAUCAUGUUGCUGGCUUGCAUUUCCCUCAAUUGUUCUACUAUUCAUCCUUCUUGUCGUUCUUUGCAGCUCCUUGGACAUUGUCUCUGGCAUCAGUAUUGAAGCUGCUUAGCAUCAAGAGUUUUGUUUAUGGUAUCGCAUCCACUCUGCUGACAUUAUUUUUUGUCCAUCGAUAUACACAUGAGCAUCCCUUUCUCCUGAGCGACAAUCGACAUUACACCUUCUAUGUAUGGCACAAGAUCUACAGGCGCCACUGGACCGUGCGCUACUUGCUUUCUCCUGUGUACACAGUGAGUGAAUUCUUGAACAUCCAGGCAUUUGCUAAUCAUACAAGCUUUUUACUGGUUGUUGGGUACUUGGUUGCACUUGUACUCACUCUAGUCCCGUCACCGUUACUUGAAUUCCGUUACUUCAUCAUUCCGUUUCUGUUUUAUAUGGUGCAUAUUCCACCCCCCACUCAAACACCACGCACGAUCCUUGGCCUGGGGUUAUAUUUCUCUAUCCAUCUUGUUACUGUCUAUCUGUUUGUGUACAAACCUUUUGUGUGGACAAAUCAGCCAGAUCAAUUACAACGAUUCAUGUGGUAA